AUGAAUCCAUCCAUCAACAAGAACACCGCUCAAACUUUGGACAAUAAUGAUGAUGGAUGGAUAACAGUUGCUACUGCUGGCACACCAAACAAACCCAAUAAGUUUGUCACUCCUUCUCCCAAACGAAAGAACGAGAGAAAGAAUAUUGUAGAGACAGCUUCGUUACCAAGGAAUCACUUUUCUCUUUUGGAGCACGAAACUCGGUCCUCCUUCUCCUCCUCCUCCUCCAAGUCGACUCAAGAGGGCUUAUUGUUGGAUCUCAUCCCCACGGAUGUGAUGUCUCGAGGAAUCCUUUCGUUUUUGGGACCUCAAGAGUUGCUCUCUCUUGGUGCUUGCUCCAAGCAAACGAAAUCCUUGUGCGAUCAAGGAUUUCUUUGGAAGACCCGAUUCCAACAAGACUUUUGCUGGAACUCGCGGUCUGCAGUCUCGGAAGAAGGGUGGAAGUUUGCCUACCAAAUCUUCCAAGGAGGACUUCAGAAUUCCAUGCGUUGCUUUCACAAUCGCAGUACCUGUGUGGAAGAUGUUUUGGGAGUUGGACUAGACUUUACAGUCAAUCCCAAAAAGAAGACCGUGGACUAUAUUUCUCUAUCGCAAGACUUAUUGAGCCAGACUGCCUUUGAUCGGGAUCAUAUCCGCAAUGAUGCUUUUGAGAACAAGCUCAAGUUGUUUUUGCCUCUGUACUUUACAAGAGAACACUUUCAGAGAGCCCUGCCAAGAAUCCAACGAACCAUUGUGAAGCUAUGUCCCGAAAAGAAGACCACCAAAUUCUCUCCGUACAUGAUCUUGGAUGUCUUUCCCAAGAUUGUCAACACCUUUGUGGUCUUGCUCUCGGACCAAGGUGUCUCGGCUUCUCAAAAGAGCUUUGAUGGGCUGAUCCGCAUCCAUCGUCUCUUUUUGGCUCUGGCACAACAGUAUCCCGUCAUUCAAAAGCAAGCUGCUCAGCGCCUCGAAGCCUUUGUCAACAAUGAAAAGAAUCGUCUCAAGUACAACUGCCCCAGUUUGGGAUCCAUCUUGCCCCUUUUAAUGAUUGUGGAUGAAAGUGUCUUUAGUUGGGCCAAUAUCCGAGGCAAAUACCUCCUGGAAAUGUUUGAUCGCUGUGUUAUUUGGGUAUGCAAGGAGUACCCCCAUUUGGCCAAGGCGCCAAAGACGGAAACGACGGAGCAAGAAGACGACCGCAUCACUUGCACCAGAGAAGCAGUGUACGUUUCACUGCGUCUCACAAUGUUUCACGUCUUUUUCAACAAGGUCUGCUGCAAAGGAACCGUACUGGACAGGGCCCUUUCGUGCGAUGCCUUUUUCAUGGAGCCAAAGAAAAGUGCAAAACAAACUGUGUACAAACAAGAAGAGAUCUCAUCGAACACUCUUUUCGAUUACAUCUUGGAAGAAGCCGCUCAGAACAGCACUCCAACCCAAUCGACUGCUGAUGAAUCGUCAUCUCAGCUCUCGUCCGAGGAUUCCAUGGGAGAAGAUCAUGGAAUGGUCAAGUCGGUUCUGAAGCAUUCCGUCGUCUCGUUUGCCGACUUUCGGGAUCAAGUCAACACCAUUCUCACCAUGAACAGUUGGAAACGAUUCUUUCACUUUGUUGGACUCAAGGGUCCACAAUCCAAAUCCGAAAUGGCUUCCUUGCUUCGAAUGCAUGUCCACAACUCGCUCCGCAAGAAAUACCACAAGAAGGGGAUGGAUUUCUCUCGAGUCCAUGCCAGUGGAACCAGCAGUAUUCUUGCCAAGGGACAAAAGUACAGCGUGGCGGCCGACUUGAAGCGGGUUGUCUUUACUGAUGUCUGGAAGUUCAAGGGCGGCAGCAAGUAUUUGGAUGCCACCUGUUUGGUGUACGAGGGCAAGAAGCGAGUAGACACCAUCGACUACUCUAACAUUUUGGGAUGUGAUGGUGCCAUUGUUCACUCUGGGGAUCAAAUGGAGGCGCAACAAGGGACCCACACCAUUACCAUUGAUCUCGAAAAGUUGCCGUCUUCUGUCACGACUUGCAUCUUUGUUAUCUCCGCAUGGGCCGACGCAACAUUGGCAGACAUUGUUUCUCCGUCCAUUGCGUUCCGAGAUGACGAUGCACCACAAGAUGCAGCACCACUCUGCAAAUAUAAUCUUGACAAUCACGACAAGAUCUCGCAUCUGACAUCCGUGAUCAUGUGCAAAUUGUAUCGCCUUCCUGGUGGGAAAAAGUGGCACGUGCUGGCCAUUGGGGAUUCUCACCGAGGAUCGGCUGGGAAAUAUGGACCAAUCUACAAGGCUGCUGCCGAGCUCCUUUAA